AUGCAGUUCAUCUACCUUCCUCCCCAGGGCCCCAACGAGCUCGUGUUGGGCUACACGUACGCCUACGUGGUCAAAUCGGGGAGCCGCGUUCCUCGACCGGCACCGACCCCAGAUCUCUCCCUCGCUCGGAAGAAGCAGCUUCCCAGGAAGCCUGCAUCAGUGCAGGAGGCGGCGCUGCCCAGUAACGGGGAGGAGCACAGCCGCGCGCAGCAGACACAAGGGGCCUCGUCGGCGUCCUCGUCUUCGCUGGACCAGAGGUCAAAUGUCGAUGAUGCAUGGCUUGACUUCCGCGGCCUCGCGCCCACCAAGCCCACCUGUACAGGCCAGGCUUGGAGCACACAAGGCCAGUCGCCAGCUCCCCCUACCUGGGGCCCGCUGCCGCCUAGCUCCCGGUCACCUCAGGGGUCUCUCGACGGGAGCUUCGUCACAUCGCCCACCUCGCCCCGUGGGAGGUGGUCCGACCAAGGCUCGUCGUCCGCCGCCUCUCCAGGCUCCACGGAGGACGCCUUCUUCACGGCCCCCAGCAGCGUGGUCGCCACAGGGUCAGCAGCAGUCCGCCCUCCCAUGCCGGCUCGCAACUCUGUGGACGACUUCUUCUGCUGGCCGUACAGUCACCGGCGAGCGGACCAGCCGGGACCCACGCGGGCGUCCGCAGAUGACGCCUUCGUCACGACGCCCGACACGCCGGGCGAGGGAUCCAUGGGCUACCCGCUUGGCGUGCGCUGGCACACGAGCCGCCAUGCCUUUGCGCCGGGGGACAUUGCUCCCCGCCACGGAUGGAGGCGGCAGUUGUGGGCUUUCUAA